AUGUCAUUCACUUCCAUUCCCAUCCUCGAUCUACAACUCGCCCAGGACGAGGCCACCAAGCCCGCGUUCCUCCGACAGCUGCGCCACGCCCUCCUAGAAGUCGGCUUCUUGUAUCUCCGGAACGCAGGCAUCCCAGACGAGCUGGUCCAAGAUGUCAUCUGCAAGGGCAAAGGGUUCUUCGACGUGCCCCUCGAAGAGAAGCUCAGGAUCGAGAUGAGAAACGCCAAGUCAUUCCUGGGGUACUCUCGGCUCGCUGCCGAAGUCACGGCCGGCGAAACCGACCACCGCGAACAGAUUGACCUGUCCACCGAGCAUACUGUGCCGCUGCCGAGCGCGCCUCUGUACCACAACCUCCUGGCGCCUAACCAGUGGCCGGACGAGACGUACGCGCCUGGCUUCCGGGCCACGUACACCGAGUACAUGAGGCGCAUGGGCAGCAUGUCCAUCUACUUCACGUCUCUCAUCGCCGAGGCAAUCGAGCUGCCUAGCGACGCGUUCAACAAGUACUUUGACGAGGACCAGCAGCACAAACUCAAGAUAGUAAAGUACCCUGACAUGGGGGAGCUGGGGGCCGAGGGUGAGGGCGAGGGCCAAGGGGUCGGGCCGCACAAGGACAGCAUGCUGACGAGCUACCUGCUCCAAGCUACGCCGCACCGUGGCUUGCAGGUGCAAAACGUCCAAGGGGAGUGGAUCGACUGCCCGCCGAUUGAUGGCACGCUGGUGGUGGCGAUAGGGCAGGGCAUGGAGGCGUUGACGCAGGGCGUCUGCGUGAGCACGACGCAUCGAGUGCUGUCGCCGUCUGCCGGGUCCGGGGCCAGGUAUUCCAUCCCAUUCUUCCAGGGGGCCAAGCUCGACGCCGAGUUUGACGAUUUGGAGACGGUGGGCGUGGGCAAGGUGCCCGAGGAUGUGAAGGAGCAGAGGAGGCGGGUUGUCGAGCGGUCGGGCGGGAGGAUUGAUGAUGUCGAGUUUACCUUUAGGGCGGGGGCGGCGGCCAGGACGUUGGGCGAGGCUACGCUGAGAAACAGGGUCAAGAGCCAUCCGGACGUUGGGGAGAGAUGGUAUCCGCACAUCUUGAGGGCCAUCAGGGAGGAGCAGGCUGCGGCAGCCAAGAGGAGCGCUGCAGAGAAGGGUUCAGCUGCUGGUGCUGCUCCCAGGGCGGUCGAGGCUCAUUGA